GCAAUGUGUUAUUCGAUGGGUUUCACCCAGUAUUAUUCACGCGAAUUCAGAAACCUGUUCUAAACUGUUGGACUCCACAUUUGUCCGCACAUAAUUAGCACAUAACGAACUCUUCAGGAUCUAACUCGUUUUCUUGUAUAUUUAAAUAAAAUAGAAGUGAAACGAUUAUUCCAGAAUUAUUGCAAACAACUCGCGAUUACCUAUUCGUAAAUACCUGUUUGUCAGUGUUGUAAAAUGUAACCAUGGAAUUAUCGGAACGAUAAUACAAAUUAAUAUCAAACAUAGUGCAACAUUCAGUAAAGAUGAGGAUCUUCCGGAAGCACUUGUUGCUUUGCGUUCUAAUCGCAUUAUUCGGUGGAAAUGCAGCAGAAAAGUUUUCUUUUGACGAAGAUAUACUUUCGCAAGACACGGAUCUCUCUCAAAAUGAUAACGACUUAAUCGAUUAUAGAUUGCCAACGUCUGUCAAACCCAUUUCAUAUGAUCUCCUUUUGAUACAAGGAUCAUGGGAUAACUUUGAAUUUGAAGGCUCUAUAGUCAUAGAAGCCGAAGUAAUAACUGCAACUGACAAUAUUACGCUACAUGUGGGAAAUCUCAAAAUCAAAUCGAAUAAAGUUUUUGUAAAGGGAGAAACAGACGUUGUGAUUAAUAAGGAUGAAGAAUAUGACAACGUCACUCAAAAAUAUACCUUUAUCCUCAAUGAAACGCUUGCGAAAGAUACAAUCGUACAAAUCUCUAUUGAGUACGAAAGUACAUUAAAUGAGAACAUGAUCGGAUUUUAUAGGAGUUCAUAUGUGGAUGAAAACGGGCAAAUUAAAAGGCUAGCGGCGACGCAGUUUCAGACCACACACGCGAGACACGCUUUUCCCUGCUUCGACGAGCCGAGUUUUAAGGCAGUAUUUAACAUUUCCAUAAUGAGAAAAGAAGAAUACAUUAGUCUCAGUAACAUGCCGAUGAAAGAAUCUACAAAAACAUCAAGAAACGGUUCCACAUAUUAUGUAGACAAGUUCGAGCAGAGCGUUCCUAUGUCCACCUAUCUGGUGGCGUUCAUCAUCUCGGAAUUUGAUUCUCGCGGUACGAAUGAAUUUAAAGUGUGGGCCCGGCCAGCCGCCAUCGAUCAGGCCAAUUAUGCUCUAAAAAUCGGCAACGAUUCGUGUAAACUGCUCGAGGAACUAUUCGAUCAAAAAUAUACUCUGCCUAAAAUGGACAUGGUGGCAGUGCCAGACUUCGCGGCCGGAGCGAUGGAAAAUUGGGGGUUGGUGACGUAUCGCGAGGCUCGGAUGCUGUACGACGUGAGGGAAUCUUCAGCCCUGGCACAACAGAGCGUGGCUUCCGUGAUCGUACAUGAGAUCACACACAUGUGGUUCGGAAAUUUAGUUACUCCGGAAUGGUGGGGCUGCCUCUGGCUCAGCGAAGCGUUCGCCAGAUUCUUUCAGUACUUUGGUACAGCGCAAAUCGAGGUAGACUGGAACAUGGAGGAGCAAUUCGUAGUGGAACAGCAUCAAGCCGCUUUAGUAACGGACAGUUUGAAAUCUUCUCGCCCGCUGACUCGGGAGGUUUCUAGUCAAUCGGAAAUUGGGACUAUGGGAGACUCCAUCACCUAUGCAAAAGGAGCCAGCGUUGUUCGUAUGAUGGACCUUACAUUUGGAGUCGAUCUCUUCAAGAAUGCAUUACGAGCUUAUUUACAGAAUAACAAACAAACAGGAUUGGGCAAUCCGGAUGCUUUGUGGAAGGCAAUACAGGAUCAGAUAGAUCAAGCAGAAAAUGUAACGCUAAAGGCUCCUGUAAGCACAAUAAUGGAUACUUGGACUACGCAACCCGGAUAUCCCAUCGUAUCAGUCACCGUCAAUAAAGGCGUGCUCCAUGUUACUCAAGAACGUUUUCUUCUGAGAAACUUUUUCCUGGAUGAAUCUCCUACAAAUGCUACUUGGUGGGUUCCUCUCACAUGGACUACGCAGAGUGAUCCGAAUUUCAACGACACAAGCCCAAAGUAUUGGCUAUCCACUGAGAAAGAUAGUGUAGAUAUCAAAGUUAACUCGAAAGACUGGAUAAUAUUCAACGUUCAAUCAUCAGGUUUUUAUCGUGUUAGAUAUGAUCUCAAUGGAUGGAAGCGUAUUUUCAAGAUUUUAAAUAGCAACAAAUUCAAUGAAAUUCACGUAUUAAAUAGAGCAAGCAUUGUGGACGAUCUGUUGAACUUGGGUAGGGCUGGAUAUGAAGAUUAUCAAACUGUGCUGGAUGGAUUAACGUAUCUUAAACAGGAAACGAAUUAUUUGCCUUUUAAAGCAGCGCUUAAUGGUUUAGAUUAUAUGAACAAGCGAUUCAUGGGAAGGGAGAAACAUUAUUUACUCAAGAAAUACAUUUUGUCCCUUAUCGAUGACAGACGCAAGACAUUAGGAUACGAGGAUCGUGAAGAUGAUGACAGAUUGACGAUUUUGUUGCGACACGAGUUGAACAAAUGGGCUUGUAACUUGGACGAUGAAAGUUGCAUAAUAACUUACAUGGACAAGUUUAAAAAGUGGAAAGCAGACGCCUCUGUUCCAAUUAAGCCAAAUGAAAGGCCUACGGCGUAUUGCGUGGCCAUACGACAUGGAACUUCGGAGGAUUGGGACUUUUUGUGGGAGAAGUACUUCAAUUCCAAUUACGCGGCCGAUCAAACGGUGAUCUUGAGGGCUCUUGGCUGUACUUUGGAUACCAAAAUUAUGGAAAGAUACCUCUGGUUUGCAAUCAGCGAUUACGAAUCUUGGCGAAUUCGAAAACAGGACAGCACGAGCGUCUUCUCCGCCGUUUAUAAUUCUGGCCUGGUCGGCGCUGAAUAUAUUCUCGAAUUUGUUGAAAAAUAUUAUGAAGAUAUGGAAAAAUACUAUAAUGGACAGGAUACGAUAGCCACAAUUCUUAACGGAGCGUCGCAACGUUUCUCGACGCCUCAAUUAGUGGAGAAAUUUCAAAAGUUCUUAGAGAGACACAAGACGAAACUCGCGCCGAUUUACAAAUCUUUGGAGUCUUCUUUGAAUACCGCUCAAUACGAAUUGAAGUGGUAUCUGCCGAUUUCUCAAUCGAUCGUUCAUUGGAUACAGGGCGGAUCCGAGUAUCGCCUGCCCACGAAUAUAUUACCUCGAAAAUACUUUGUCAGCGUCACGCCUCAUCUCGAGAUUGGUAAUUUCACUUUCGACGGAAACGUGAGGAUCGAGGCCGACGUCGUGCAGGAAACGAAUCGGAUUAUUUUGCACACGGCAGAAAUUAAGGUCCAUAUGGCAACUGUGACGGCCAACGAGGAGGAUGUGGAAAUUGUAGAUCAGAAGGAAGUAAAGCCGUAUGACUUCUAUGUGAUAGAUGUCUCGAAGAAUCUGCCUGCUGGGGCGGUACUGACCAUCGAAAUCGCGUAUGAGGGCCACUUGAACGCGUCGGAGCUUCGUGGCUUUUACAAAAGCUCGUACAUGAAAGACACAGGGGAAACAAGGUGGCUCGCAGCUACGCACUUGGAACCCGUUGGUGCCAGAAAGAUGUUCCCUUGCUUCGAUGAGCCGGGAAUGAAAGCUGUCUUUACUGUUCAAGUUAAUGUACCGCCAGGUUACCAUCCAAUCAGCAAUACGAAGUGGCGGACAGUCGACAAUAGCAACGAUGAUUUCAUGCAAUACACCUUCUUUGAAACGGUGAAGAUGUCCACCUACCUGGUAGCACUCGUCGUAUCCGAUUUCGAGUUGAAAUCUGCAGGACAGUUGAAUAAGGUGGAUCUCGGGGUGUACGCGCGUCCCAACGCCAUCAAUCAAACGGAGUACGCCGCGUUGGUGAUACCGCCGCUCGUGAAUUUCUUCGAGCAAACCUUGAAGCACAAAUAUCAAAUGCGGAAGCUGGACAUGAUCGCGCUACCGGACUUCCCGUCGGGCGCAGGCGAGAAUUGGGGACUCAUAACGUAUCGGGAGACAAAUCUGUUGUACGACGACGAUCACUCGCCCUUCACGAGCAAGCAGACCAUCAGGAACGUGAUCGCCCACGAGCUCUCCCAUCAAUGGUUCGGCAAUCUGGUCACUCUUGCAUGGUGGAAGUAUCUCUGGUUGAACGAGGGAUUCGCCAGAUACUUUGAGUACUACGCUCCUGCUCACGCGUUUAACGACACGACGUUGGAGAACCAAUUUGUCGUGGGCGAAGUGCAUACUGCUUUAAGUGCGGAUGGCUCCAGAUCCGUACACGCUUUGAAUCACGACGUGUAUACUCCUACCGAAAUUCGAGGUAGGUUCAGUACCAUCUCGUAUGCCAAAGGUGCCAGCAUUUUGAGGAUGAUUGAAAAGUCAUACGGAAGCACAGUGUUCUACGAGGCAUUAAGCGACUAUCUCGAUGAUCGGCAAUACGAUGUAGCAACACCAGAGGAUUUGUACAAGGCUCUGCAAGCACAAGUGAGGAAAGCAGGAAUACAAGACAAUGUUACAACCAUUUUAGACACGUGGACAAGGCAACCCGGUUGUCCAAUCGUUCACGUCACCGUCGAUGAGCUGAAUAAUGUAAAUCUUGAACAAGAGCGAUUCUUCCUUGAAAAACGCGAAGAGGACGAGCCUGACGAUACUGUGUGGAACAUUCCGAUCACCUGGACACCACUUGAUGAUGAUCGCACGGAUUAUUUGAACACCACGCCGGCAUUUUGGAUGACGACGAAACGGAUGAACGAGGCGUUCGAGUCGAGCUCGCACUUCAUUGUCAACGUACAGCAAUCUGGCUACUACCGUGUAAAUUACAACGAGAAUCAUUGGGAAAAGCUGAUCAGCUAUCUCCAAUACAACUUUAGCCUGAUUCACGAGAUCAAUCGAGCAGCGUUGAUCGACGAUGUUAUGAAUUUUGCAAGAGCGGACUACAUCAGUUAUGAAACUGCUAUAUCAGCAACAAUGUACUUACAACGAGAGGAUGAUUAUCUUCCUUGGCGCGCAUUCUACAAUAAUCUGCCAUACUUGAAGAACCGGUUCCGGGGACGCGGUAUUGAAGAUUUAUAUAAAACGUAUCUGACAUCGCUUAUACAACCGCUUUACGAGCGGCUGAAUUUUGUGGAUGGCAGGGAUGACGAUGAUCUAACUAAACUGUUAAGGAUGCAUACUCGCAAGUGGGCCUGCGAAUUGGAUAUAGGCGACUGCAAAGUCCGUGCUAAAAGAUAUUUCCAAAACAAGCUUUCUUUCAGAAUAGAAAUUCCGCCGAUUUAUCGCAGCGUCGUCUACUGCACCGCCAUGCAAACGGACGCGACGGAAAAUACGUACAACAUUCUCUGGGAAGAAUAUUUAAACAGCACCGUUACUACGGAUACAGUUGUUAUCCUCAACUCAUUAGCAUGCUCGCAGAACAAGGAUGUUUUAGAAAAGCUAUUGCGGGAAGCUAUUACAGAAGAUUCAAGCAUACGAUACCAAGAUAGCGCGAGAAUGUUCUCGAACGUUUAUGAUGCGAGUUUGAAUGGAACUGAAUUCGUCAUGGGCUUCAUCGAUAAGUAUUACGAUGAUAUGCAAAAAUACUAUGGUGGCUACGCGCAGAUCGAAAGUAUAGUGAGUUCCUUGGCAAGCAGAAUAUCGACUUACAAUCUCUAUAAGCAGUAUCAAGACCUGCUCAAUAAACUGGUCAAGAGGGAAUUUGCUUUUGACAAAUCCGUCCGUUCUUUCAUGACGAAGGUGGAAUAUGAGUUCGACUGGUACGACAGAAAAGUGCCAAUAAUUUUCGAAAAAUUGGAUAAUAUGUUUUCAAGCGAAGUGUACCGCUUACCGAACACGCUUCAUCCAGAAUAUUAUAACAUACAUCUCGAACCUAACAUGGAAGAAGGCACUUUCGAGGGAGAGGUGCAGAUAUACAUGAGAGUUAAAAAGGAAACUACGGCCGUAGUUCUGAAUGUUCAAAAUAUCAAGUACCACAGCAUAAAAGUCUACAGAAAUUACAAGAUAGAUAACGAUACUCCCGAUGUCAUGGAGGUACCAUUGCAGAAUUACAAAGAAUAUAGAGCCUUGCAGCAACUAAGGAUUUAUCUGCAGCAACCCGCGAAUACGGAUUACCUAAUGGCAGAAAUCAAAUUUAGCGGAACUCUCAACGACGACAUGAAAGGAUUCUACCGCAGUUUUUACAAGGACAGCAAUGGAGAACAUCACUGGCUAGCCACGACGCAAUUCGAGCCUACGUACGCCAGAAGAGCCUUCCCCUGCUUCGACGAGCCGGCGUUCAAAUCGAAAUUCAUCAUUAACAUAAAAAGGCCCAAUCACUACAAGACGCUAAGCAACAUGCCAAUCCUAUAUAACCAGACCGAGGGCAAUUAUACCAGGGACAGAUUCGCUACUAACAACAUUGAUAUGUCACCGUAUCUAGUAGCGUUCAUCGUCUCCGAGUUUGAACGUGCCGACGAGUCCGAGGAGUUUCUGAACGUAUGGAGUAGACGCGAAAUCGCAAUGCACGGCCAAUUUGCUCAAGACACCGGCAAGUCGCUUAUCUACGCUUUGCAGAAUUUCACGAAGAUCGAUUAUAAGUUUCCCAAGUUGGACUUGGUAGCAGUUCCAGAUUUUGAGAUGGGCGCGAUGGAGAACUGGGGCCUCGCUACUUUCCGGGAAUACGCACUUUUCUUUGACGCGGAGGAAGCCACAGCCUCGCAGGAGAAAUACGUAAUCACCAUAAUAGCGCACGAACUCGCUCAUAUGUGGUUCGGGAAUCUGGUUACUUGCGAAUGGUGGGAAUACGUUUGGCUGAACGAAGGCUUCGCACAGUACUUUGAAUAUUUUGCCUCCGAUAUGAUACAGCCAGACUACAAGUUCAUGCACCAAUUUGUGGUUUACGAGUUGCAACCUGCGUUGCUGAAAGAUGCUUCGGCUUCAACUCAUCCAAUGACGAAUCCCGUUGAAACGCCCGAAGAAAUUAGUGGUGUUUUUGACUACGUCGCCUACGCAAAAUCCGCCAGCGUUUUACGAAUGAUAUUCAACGUAUUCAAGCCAUCGGUUCAGGCGAUGGCGAUUUCCACUUAUCUUCACGAUUAUAGUGGCAAGAAGGAGCUAGAGAAGCCCGGUACAGUUCGUCCCGAAUAUCUUUGGGAAAGCUUCAACUUAUACGGUUCUAUCAUAAUAGACUACAAAAACGUGAGCAUCUCGGAAGUGAUGAGUACUUGGACGGAUCAACCGGGAUACCCGGUCGUCAACGCUGUAUUAAGUGGUGACACGUUGACACUUACUCAGAAGCGAUUCCUGUUGAACGAGUGGAUCGAGCCACCAGAAAAACGUCGUUACAACCACACGUUCUACUGGGUACCGAUUGAUAUAGUCACAUCUCUCGAGCCUUAUCGCAUAAGCGUAGACAACAAAGGGUGGCUGGGACCGGAAGCCAAGACGUUCUACAUCAAUCCCACGAACUUCUGGUUCAUCGUGAACCGAGAGCAAAACGGCUUCUACCGCGUCAAUUACGACGUUGCCUCUUGGAAGCAAUUAAUCGACACGUUAAACAGCAUCCGGUUCGAGUCCAUCCACGUUCUGAAUCGCGCGCAGAUCAUAGACGACCUCUUCAACCUGGCGCGGGCUACUCACGUGGAGUACGAGCUGCUGAUGGACGCGACGAAAUACCUGAUGCGCGAAAGGAGCCAUCUACCCUGGAAAGCGUUCUUCAACGGCCUGUCCUACGUCUACGAGAGAUUCGAGCGAUUCAAGGAUGUUGAAGAGCACCUAACGAAGUACGUGUUGCGUUUGAUGUCCGGGAUAUACGACACACUAGGAUUCGAGGAUCAGGAGAAAGACGAGCAUCUGGACAAACUGAACAGGGAGUUGGUUCUCCAGUGGGCGUGCAAGCUCCGUAAACCGGAAUGCACGAAGAAGUCUAAAGACUUGUUCGCGGCUUGGCGUGGCGAUACUUCAAAACGAAUCCCGCGUAAUGCACGAGCGGCCGUUUAUUGCACCGCCAUCAGAGACGGCACGACGGAGGACUGGAAGUUCUUGUGGCAGAAAUAUCAGGAAACGAAUUUCGCGUCGGAAAAGAAGAUGUUUAUAAGCGCACUUGGAUGUUCGGCGGAUGCAACGAACCUGCAGACUUACUUAAGGACUGCCGUCGAAGAGUACAAUAUUCCCAACGCCACUUUCCGCAAGCAAGACGUUGCAGCAGUGUUCUCUUCCGUUUAUAGCGCGAGUCAAUUGGGAGUAAAUGUGGUUCUUGACUUUUUAAUCAAUAAUAUCAACGAUAUCGUUGAUAAAAUCGGCAAUUGGGACAAGAUUACACCUUUGUUCCACAAUAUGGCAUCUCAUAUAUCAGACGCGAAACAGUACGAGAAGUUGAAGAAAUUCGCCGAAUCUUAUAUGGAUAUAAAUUUCCCGGAUAUCAAACCGAAACUGGAUCCUGCUAUCACCACCGCGAAGAUCAACUUGAUGUGGUACGACAGAAAUAGAGGAGUAAUACUGCAAUGGAUGCUGAAUGAGGAAGACCAAGAAAAUAUCAAGCCAACUGAAAAACCUGAUAAGGAUGAUAACGGUUCUACGAUGUUGAAACCUCUGAACGCUUGUCUCAUGGCUAUCAUUACCAUAACAUUGUAUCUUUUAAAUUAUUACUAAGUAAAGACAAAUAAUCACGGAAAUUGAUUUAUAGUUUGCUGUUACGCGCGAUGAAAAAGAUCGAUUCUUGCGAUCUGCGUAUUAAGACAAAAUAGAUCUUAAAUUCUUUAGACAAUAAUAUAUUCGCAUUUUCUAAUAGGCAAUAUGAGCAAUGUAUAGAUAGAAUUAUUAAAAUAUAGUUUAAAGACUUCACGAUGUAAAAAUAGUAUUAAGAGUGUCAAAUCAUUCAUUCAUAACAUGAUACUUUAAAAGGCGGACUUUUAUUAAGGUUAAAAUAAAAUGAUGUAAAAAGAAUGAGAAAUCUAGACUUAGACCAUGAAUAAAUGAUCAUAGCUUUGUUA